GGCAUUUGGCUUCCCCAGCAGCCAUGGACGCGUUCCAAGCCGUUUCGGGCUACGUGACAAAGAUGGUGUCAACUGGAGAUGGCGCUACCACCUCUAACGCUGCCAAAAUGAAGAUACUACUCUUGGACAACGAUACUCUAACUCCUAGUGCANNGGUCUCGGUCGUGUCAUCAGCGACAACGCAAUCCGCACUCCUAAACCACCAAGUCUACCUGACCGAUCGCUUGGACAACCACAACAGGGAGAAGAUGCGCCAUCUUCGCUGCCUCUGUUUCGUACGCCCUUCUCCUGACAGUAUCCAAUUCCUGAUAGACGAGUUUCGCGAUCCCAAAUAUGGCGAAUACCACAUCNNUGUAUGUUCCAUCUUGCAACCACCACGGACCGAUCUUCUGACUGAUACAAGGUCAGACUUUAGCAACAUAGUCAAGAAGUCCUCCCUUGAACGCCUUGCCGAAGCCGAUGAUCACGAGGUCGUGAAAGCCGUCCAUGAAUGUUUCGCCGAUUACUUGGUCGUCAAUCCAGACCUUACCUCACUCGCCCUUGAACACCGCCUCUGGAGCUCAAGCCCCGAUAUGUGGAACCAGGAUUCUCUGUCAAGGGCUACCGACGGUGUUAUUGCUCUGCUAUUAUCUCUCAAGAAACGGCCCAUGAUCCGCUUCCAGAAGAAUAGUCUACUUGCGAANAAGCUAGCCACAGAAGUUCGAUACCAGAUGACCCAAGAGGAACAACUAUUCGACUUCAGAAAGACCGACACCGCCCCCAUACUUCUCAUUGUCGACCGAAGAGACGAUCCCGUUACUCCAUUGCUGACCCAAUGGACCUAUCAAGCCAUGGUGCAUGAACUCCUGGGUAUCAAAAACGGCCGAGUCAAUCUCAGCCAUGUACCAGAUGUCCGGCCAGAGUUCAAGGAAAUUUUUAUCAGCCAAGAUCAAGAUCCGUUCUUCAANAAGAACAUGUAUCUUAACUUCGGCGAUCUCGGGCAAAAUGCUAAAGAUUAUGUCGAGCAAUUCGCAUCAAAGCAACAGUCGAGUCACAAGCUUGAGUCCAUUGAGGACAUGAAGCGUUUUGUAGAAGACUAUCCAGAGUUUCGCCGCCUAUCAGGAAAUGUCACCAAGCAUGUCACUUUAGUCACCGAACUCAGUCGCAGAGUCGGAGAGGAGAACCUUUUGGAUAUCAGCGAGCUGGAACAAAGUCUUGCUUGCAAUGAGAACCACUCGAAUGACCUGAAGACCUUGCAACGCCUUAUACAGGAUCCGAAAACGCCUCCAGACAACAAACUGCGCUUGGUAGCUAUUUACGCUCUUAGAUACGCUUCUCAUCCUUCAAACUCGACACCAGCACUUAUGGACCUUCUAGCCGUAGCUGGUGGUCUCUCCCGCCAUCGCAUCAACCUGAUACCCAAGCUUCUUACCUACGCGCAUUCUUUGCAAUCUUUGCCGCAGACUGGCGCUAUUCCAGAUCUCUUCCAACCGUCCUCCAUAUUCCAAGGUGCUCGAGAGCGCUUCAACCGAGGUCUUGGUGGAGUUGAGAAUGUAUACACACAGCACUCGCCCCGUUUAGAGACAACGAUACAGGAUUUGAUCAAAGGUCGUCUUCGAGACAAUCAGUACCCCUUCGUCGAAGGCGGAGGUACUACACGAGACAAGCCGCAAGACAUCAUUGUGUUUAUGAUUGGCGGUGCUACGUAUGAGGAAGCGAAGAUGGUCGCACAGGUCAACGCUAGUAGUCCGGAUGUCAGGGUGGUGCUAGGAGGAACUUCAAUACACAACAGCGCGAGCUUCCUGGACGAGGUUGAGGAGGCAGUUGACAGCUGGCCAGAAGCACCACCAACCAGCGCAGCUGGCAGACUGAGGAAGGAAGUGGGUAGAGGA